CGGAAAACUGUCAAAAUCUGUGGAUAAAUUCGUGAUAUAAGAAAAAGGAUGGCAUCUAGAAUAAAUACCAGUUUCACUUUGAUUCCUAACCAGAAAUAUAGACGUAGUAAUCGUCGAUCCAGUUAUUUUUCCAACACCACUGACUCAGAUUCUCAGCCCUUAUCAACGCUUGGAAAUUUUAAAGCCUUGCCGUUGGAAAUAUUCCAAAUAACUUUAAGAUAUUUGUCAGUGAAGGAUAUCAGCAUGCUAAGUAUGGUGUCCAAAACAGUCAGCCAGUACAUCAUUAAUUAUAUCUCAACCUCAUCAGGAAGCAAAAGACUUUUACUUCAGGACUUUCAUAACCUUGAGCUGCCUGGCAGGAGACAAGACUCUGCUAUACUGGAGCACUACAGAUCUCUAGGUCUACUAUUUAAAAGAUGCACGUUGCUGCUACCCACCAAAGAAAGGCUAAAGUACGUUCACAAGACUCUCACAGAAACCUUAACAGCAGGUUGGGAUGAACUCGAGUGCCAUCGUGUUUUUAACUUUUUAUGUGAACUGACUCAUCUCUCCCGCAAGAUGCAGUCUGCUGUCUGCAGCAAACCAGGAAGUGCCCGAAAACUGGAGUUAAGGAUCAGAUUGUUCUGUAGGAAUGUCCUGCUUGAUCACUGGACGCAUCAAAGUGAUUCUGCUUUUUGGUUGACACGAAUAUUAAAACCAUGGCCAAUGGUGAAUCAGGCAAGAUUGCUGUAUAUCAUCUUUGGGCCAAUAUCUCCUCAGGAUGGACAGGUAGUUUGGCAGAAAAUGAUAGAAGGUCCUACAGAUGAAUCCAGUCUGAAAGGUUUGGCUGAUGCCAUUAAAUUGCUAUAUGACACUCGCACCAAAGAGUGGACAACAGAUGAUGUUAUCAGUCUUGUAGAUGAACUAUCAGUGGUUCCCCGUGAGUGGCUUCUAGAGAAUAAUGCACGUCUCCUAAUCCUAAGUGGGAAUAACAUCUGUUUCACUUUCAUGGCUAGUAAAGCUGUGAAUGGACGGGCACUUGAAUUGGCAAGGCUCAUAGUCUUUUUGGCUUUGGUGUGUGAGAAAGAACUAUACUGCAUGGAUUGGGCAGUUAAAAUGAUGCAAAAAGUCUGUAAAGUCUUUAGCACUCCAGUAGAAAGACAUAACUUCCUGCAGAGUGUGGCAAAUGCAUUUGCAUGUAUUAUAAUGGAAAUGCUGCAAUCAAUUAUGUCUGGAGACCGUGAAGAAGAUGACAGAAACUUUUUGAAUUUGUUCCAUCUUGUACAUGCUCAGGCUAACUUCCAUAAGGAGGUCCUGUAUUUGACCAUGAAUACUCUACCUAAAUAGUCAGAAAGCUUUGCCUUUAAAGAAUACCUCACUGAACUCAGAAUUAGAAGAGUGCUACUUUUUCACACCUGAAAAAUAGCAUCCAUGGGACUUUUUAUCAUCUAAGUAACCUAAGAAUUCAAGAGCUGCAAAGAACUUUAGAAGCAGCUGUUUAUACCAUUAUUAAUAUAAAAAUAACUGGCAAACCCAAGAAUGUAUUGAGAUUUCUCUGGAAAACAAGCUCUGCCUUUUCAGGUUUUAGUAAACCUAACACCAAAUUGAAAUGGAAUAUUAACUAUCCAAGACUCUGGGGCCAGCCCAACCUGGAUGUGUGGAUCUUUGAAGCAAGAGAAAUUUCUAUUUUAUAGUUAGAGCAGACCCAAAUUCACUAAAUAAUAUGUAUUUGUUCACUUCGCUUAAGUUAUCUAGACAUAGCCAAGAUGUU